GAGUUUAAACGACCAGCGGACAGCAAGGAGCAGCUUUGUUGACACUGGGAAGAUUUUUUUUUCUUUUUUUUUAUACCCUACAGUCUUUACCUAUCCCUAAAUUCUGAUGCCAGCCAACGAUCAAGAAACGUGUGCAGUAAUAAGAAGACCUCUUCAUCCAAUCAUUACUUACGUUAAAGGAAGGAGAAGGAUGACGAAGCUGAGACACAGGAAACCUCGGCUGCACCUCUCGUAAAGGUAUAUGGGAAAAUCUCUGCAUAUCUGGCCACUUGCAUCACCUACCAUACCUCUGUGUCACCUACCAUGCAUCUGUAUCUCCUACUAAGAUGCUUCAUUCUUUGCCUGCAGUGUUGCUGGACCAGAUAACCACAAAAUUGGCACGAACAACUAAGCAGGGAGGUUACAUGCAGUGGCGGCCUGUGAGUUACCUUAGUUCAGACCGGGAUAUUAACUUGUCCACUGACCCAAACAUUGAUGGCAACUUUACUUCACUGACGGAAAUCUCUAUUGCCCUGGAAGAGUCUUUGGCCUAUGCAGUGUUUGGGGAUAAAUUGGAAUCAGCAAUGACUGCCCAGACAAAAGUUUCUUUUGGCCAGAAGAAGGACAAAUUUUAUGCUGCAAAUAACUACACCACAUGGUAAGAAAGUUAUAAUUUGUUUGUUAAAAA